UUCGUGUAGUUCAAGCCCUACUUUAAACACCAAGCCAGGACCAAUGGAAGAUAAUGAGAGCUCGCCAAAAUAUGAGCUUACGCCAUUAGAUCACGAAGCACAUCCUAAGGGAGACACUAAGCGAGGAGGGUGGAUCACUCUUCCCUUCAUAGCUGGGAGCAUGCUUGCGAUGGGGCUGGCCAUCAACGGGACGACCACAAACCUGCAAAUUUACCUGAUUAAGGAGUACAGCAUGGAGAGCAUCGACGCGACCCAAAUCGCUUACAUCGUCCGCGGCUCGCUCUACCUCGUGCCCCUCGGCGGAGCCAUUCUCUCCGACGCCUACUUCGGCAGCUUCCCCGUCAUCCUCGCCGGCGCAGCCAUCAACGUUCUGGCCUUCGUGUUGCUGACGCUCUCCGCGGCGCUGCCGUCCCUGCGGCCGCCGCACUGUCCGACAGCGUCCGCGGCGUGCCAGAAGGGGACGCCCGGGCAGCUCGCCGUGAUGUACGGUGCCAUGUUCCUUCUCGCAAUUGGCACCGGCGGGACGCGUUUCAACAUGGCGACAAUGGGCGCGGACCAGUUCAGCAGCUCGCGCGAUCAGGACACCUUCUUUAACUGGUACUUCGUCUUCCUCUACGGUUCCUUCCUGGUUGGCGACACGGCUAUCGUCUAUCUCCAGGACGGCGUAUCCUGGGCCCUGGGAUUUGGUGUCUGCCUCGCCGCCAUGGCAUUCAGCUUGCUGAUGCUCCUCAUGGGCACGCGGUUCUACCGGAUGCCUGCGCCAAAGGGCAGCCCAUACUCGGAGCUCGCCUGCGUCGUCGUAGCCGCGGUGCGCAAGGGUCGCGUCGACGUGGGCGCGCGGUACUACGUCGGAAACGAUGCCGCCGCCGUGGACUCGGAUAGCGUGGGCGCUCCAAGCAAAAGACUAAGAUUUCUUAAUCGUGCCGCCAUGAUCACUGCAAGCGACAACUUCUUGGAGACAUCUGGUGCCGGUCAUGGCACUAGCGGCUCGCGGCAGCAGUGCACGGUCCAGCAAGUAGAGGACCUCAAGUCCCUGCUCGCCGUCUUCCCGCUAUGGUCCUCUGGCAUAAUGCUAAGCGUGUCCAUCGGGGUGAUGAUCGGCAUGAUCAUCCUGCAGGCUCUCACCAUGGACCGCUCCGUUGGCCACCACCGCUUCAAGAUCCCGGCAGGGUCCAUGGGUGUCUGCUCGGUCGCUGCCUUCAUCGCAGUCACCCCGGUUCUGGACCGGGUCGCCUUCCCGCUCUGGCGUAGGAUCGCCGGCGUGCCUCCCUCUGCCCUGCAGCGCGUGGGCCUUGGUCACGUGGUGAACGUUGCAGGCAUGGUGGUCGCGGCGGUGGUGGAGCGUCGAAGGCUGACCAUCGUGCACCUGCUCCAUGGCGAGGCAGCGGCUGGGUGGGUUACCCCCAUGUCCGUCUUGUGGCUCGUCUUCCCUAUUGCUAUCGUUGGCAUCGGGGAGGCCCUCCACUUCCCAGGAAACAUGGCCUUCUACUACAUGGAGUUCCCCAAGGCGUUGAGGAGCUUGGCAACGGCUAUGGCGCCGCUGCUCAUCGCCAUGGGCUUCUACCUCAGCACCCUAUUCGUCGACGUCGUCAGGCGAGUCACAGCCUGGCUACCGGGGAACAUAAAUCAGGGGAGGUUGGACAACAUGUAUUGGACCUUGGCUGCGGCGGCGACUAUCAACUUUGGUUAUUUUCUACUUUGUGCAGGCCGAUACAAGUAUCAAAACCAAUCGACCACCAUGGCGGAUUGCUAAGGCUCCGUCAUCUAUUUGCUUUUUGUUUCUUCCGAAAAAGUCUAGGUCUUGUUAAUUCUCAAUCAACCAAGGUUGAUUAACCAUCCCCUUGUAUGAUUAUGUUUGGUUUGUGUUCUACACCUUCCUCUUUCUUGCGCUUUCUUGGCCAGGUUGUGCUUUGUGUGCUUCGCACUGCUUCUUCGUGUCCAUUGUGUUAAAUGUAAUACAGCGUAUACCAUAUAUAUUGUAUACGGAUACGCAGACCUUGUAAUAUGUCCGGCUGUGAGCCCUAUAUCAACAUGAAACCGAUACGAGGCAAAGUAUUGUUUCUGCC